AGGAGGAAGCGUCCGUUUAAUUCUCUCUUGCCUGAAGCUUGCUGCUGAGCCGGGCUUCAUUGAGGAAUUUUAAAACCCUAACCUGCUUCAUCUCGCAUAAACCAAGAUGGCUCGUACGAAGCAAACCGCUCGCAAAUCUACCGGGGGGAAGGCUCCUCGGAAGCAGCUCGCCACCAAGGCUGCAAGGAAGUCUGCUCCCACCACAGGUGGAGUGAAGAAGCCCCAUAGAUACCGCCCAGGAACUGUUGCACUUCGUGAGAUUCGGAAGUAUCAGAAAAGCACUGAGCUCUUGAUUAGGAAGCUUCCCUUUCAACGUCUUGUUCGUGAAAUUGCCCAAGACUUCAAGACUGAUUUGAGGUUCCAGAGCCACGCUGUUCUUGCUCUCCAGGAAGCUGCAGAGGCCUAUCUUGUUGGAUUAUUUGAGGAUACUAAUCUCUGCGCUAUUCAUGCCAAGCGGGUGACCAUUAUGCCCAAGGACAUCCAGCUUGCUAGACGUAUUCGUGGUGAAAGGGCUUAGUCAUUGUCCGUGUCUGUUCAUGGAUUGUGUCCUGCAUCAGUAACUUACGUCUGUUCGAUGUGGAAUUGUGAACUCCUAUAAUCUUGGUUUUAACGAAGCCAUGGCAAUUAUAAAAUUGUAGUAUUGUCUAUUAUCGUCUGCACCAACUGUUUUCCAAGUAUUAUAAUUCCAUUGUGCACCAUUUAUUCCUCUUU